UAAGACAUCGGAGGUGAUUAUUGUCGGUCAGAGUUCGGUAUUAAAAAAAAAAAGAAAUUUCAAAUUAAAAAUUCCAAAACUAUGAAACUUUUCUUGAAAUUUCUGUUUUUGGCUUGCCUAUUAGCUAAUUUGCAAUUGCAUAAGGCCAACGCUGUGGCCAAUGUUGAGGAAUUGAGUCAAGUGGCAUUGCCCAACCUUUGCGAACAACCUGGCGAUUUGUGUUCCCUAAGGUGUCAAAUCUUGGGUGGACGUGAUGGUAGGUGCAACAAAGCGAAAAUGUGUUACUGCAAUCCAUUGUAAAUUGAUUAGCAUUGUUAUGGCUUUACUUUUCUAUGGUCUAUUGUUAAUUAAUAGUGGCUACUACUAAGUUUUUUUUUUAUUAUUUUUUUUUAAUAAAAAUUUAAAAAUUUAUGGAGAAGUAA